GCUGGAACCAUGGAGGGCGCAGAAGAGAAGAAAAAGAAGGUUCCUGCUGUGCCAGAAACCCUUAAGAAGAAGCGAAGGAAUUUCACAGAGUUGAAGAUCAAGCAUCUGAGGAAGAAGUUUGCUCAGAAGAUGCUUCGAAAGGCAAGAAGGAAGCUUAUCUAUGAAAAAGCUAAGCAUUACCUCAAGGAAUAUAGGCAGAUGUACAGAACUGAGAUUCGAAUGGCAAGGAUGACAAGAAAAGCUGGCAACUUCUACGUACCUGCGGAGCCCAAACUGGCAUUUGUCAUCAGGAUCAGAGGUAUCAAUGGUGUGAGCCCAAAGGUUCGAAAGGUGUUGCAGCUUCUUCGCCUUCGCCAGAUCUUCAAUGGCACCUUUGUUAAGCUCAACAAGGCUUCAGUUAACAUGCUAAGGAUUGUGGAACCUUAUAUAGCAUGGGGGUACCCAAAUCUGAAGUUGGUGAAUGAAUUGAUCUACAAGCGUGGUUAUGGCAAAAUCAACAAGAAGCGAAUUGCCCUGACAGAUAACACAUUGAUUGCCCGAUCUCUUGGUAAAUAUGGCAUCAUCUGCAUGGAGGAUCUGAUUCACGAGAUCUAUACUGUUGGAAAACGUUUCAAAGAAGCAAACAACUUUUUAUGGCCCUUCAAAUUAUCUUCUCCACGAGGGGGAAUGAAGAAAAAGACCACCCAUUUUGUAGAAGGUGGAGAUGCUGGUAACAGGGAAGACCAGAUCAAUAGGCUUAUUAGAAGGAUAAACUAAGGUAUCUGCCAUGAUUAUUUUUGUAAUCUGGCCAGUUAAUAAAUGACUACUCUCAUGGAAAUGUUUUGUUGUCUUGGUGACUUUUUGCUAGCCUGACUGCUGUCCCUUAACUAUUAAAGCAAAUCUUGGUGUGUGAUAAAA